AUGAGUGCGAGUGCGAGUGGGAGUGGUGUUGAUGUGGGAGCGAAGAAGCUGGGAGAGAGGCUGUUGGUUGAGGUCCACGUUGAGGGGUUGAGCUCGGUUCUUAAAUCGCUGGGAGAAUUUGAAGUUGGGGGGAGGACGAGCAACAUCAAUCAGCCUCCAGGAAAUGGCACGUUCUUCAACAUCCCCGAACUCGAUGCCCUUCUCCCCACCUCCUCGCCUCCAACCCUCGAGCUCAUCUCACCACCAUCAACCCACCACCCCUCCGGCUCAGGAAAAACCUCCCUCCUCCACCUAAUCAUCGCCCACGCCCUACUCCCCGCCUCCAUCCCGCCCUCAAUCAGCACCGGCGGCAAAAACGCCGCAGUAAUCUACUUCGACCCCCUCCACCACCUCAGCAUCCCCCGGCUCGCAGAAACACUACUCACGCACCUAACCAGCCAAAUCCACUCCUCCAACACCCCACUCACCCCACCCCAAAAAGCGCACCUAAAAAGCAUCGUACAAACAUCCCUAUCACACCUACACAUCCUCCGCCCCACCUCCUGGCCCUCCCUCCUCUCAGCCCUCGACACCCUCCCAACCUACCUCUUCGACGCAACAAACCACAAAAGUACACACCGAAGCAUCCACACCCUCAUCCUCGACGACAUCGACGCCUUCCUCUGGCCCACGCGCAACGAACACACACACACACCCAACGCUCUCGCCGCAGCCUCCGCAGCAUUAACUUCCCGCCUCACUUCCCUCGCCUCGCAGUUCGCUUGCGCUACGAUCCUCGCUUCGCACUCUACGUCUGCGUCUGCGCUCCGGCCUGCGAUUCCUACUGCGUGGCCCCAGGGUGUGCUGACGACGAAACUCGGUGUCCGUCGCGUUGAUGUGCUGAAGUUUGCGCCGGGGAUUAGUGUCGAGGGGGCGGAGGCGGAGCGGCAGCAGCGCUGGGAGGUUGUGAGGCGGGGGCGGUUUUCGUGCUGGAGGGUUGGGCGGGAGGGGGAGGGGUUUGUGUUUUUGGUGGGGGGUGGGGUGCGGGUUGAGAGGGGGUAG